GUAUAUUUUCUAAACUGGGUUCAUAAUAAGGAUAUCAUUAUUGAGUACUCUCUUACUCUCAUAUACUAAUUUGUAUAAUUUUUCAAUACUUGUAUGCUUUGUUCAGUGAUAGAUCACAAAAUAAAAAUGUUGUAUUUUGCUUUUGUGACGUCAUAACAAAAUCAAAAGAGUGGCGUAUUGCGAACUCUAGUUUAACUUAAAAUUUAAUCAAAUUUUCUGUCUGUGGCAACAUUGAAAUAUACGUGAUUUAAUUCAUUGAGUUUAGUAGAUUUGUUUGCAAUUUUUAUAAUGUCUUCUUCAAAUAACGACAAUAGCAAUCUGAUGGAUGAGUUUGAGGAAGCUUUCCAAGCAUGUCUUUUAUCUUUGACUAAGCCAGAACCCAACACAGGGACCAAUAAAGAUGAAAUCGAAUUGGAAGUACAAAAAACUACAAAUCGGUUUAUUGAUGUUGCACGGCAAAUGGAGGCAUUUUUCCUUCAAAAACGUUUCCUUGUUUCAACUUUAAAGCCAGAUAUGUUAAUAAAGGAUGAAAAUCAGGAUUUGCGUAAUGAGAUUGCCCGCAAAGAACAACUACUGAAUAAACAUUACAGUCGGUUAGAGGAAUGGAAAGCUUGUUUAUCUGAUAUACAAGCAAAUCAAGGAGCACACAACAGACCCAUAGGAGGAAUAGGGGGUUCGGUUGCUGCCAUUGGAGAUUCAUCGGGUGCAGCGAUGACAGGAAUUGCAGGUCCCGGCAGUUUGAAUGUCUCACAAGCUUCAAAUAGAUCUGGUUCUGGAGGAAUGCUAGGUAGCGUACCAACAUAUGGUGUGCCUAGACGAUUUUAACACUAUAGUCGUAAUUAGCCAUAACAAUUUUUUUAAAUUAACUUAAUUUCCAGUAUAUUUAAUGAAACUUUCUUCAAAAACGAAUAAAGCGCUUUAGUCUAAUAGCUCAAC